AGUUUGAAUAACAUAAAAGAAAAGCACAUUCUUUUUUAUUUUUUAUUUCUAUAGACAUUGGUUUUGAUUUUUGUUGUGGAGAGAGGGAAGCAGAAGGAGACAAGAGAAAGGUGAAAAUAAGGUUGGUGUAAGGUUACGUGUAUCUUUUGAAGUAGUGUCACCCCAUCAAGAAUAAGAUCACUCAAAUCAGCAACGGAACUGGGGCUUCUUCAUUCUUCUGUUCAUCUUCUGGUGCCACAAUCUCAGCCAUAGAUAACAGAUUGUUACGCCACAAAAACCUUGUAACAAAGAACAACAACAACCGAGAAGAACCGUCAUCACUGAAUUAAGGAUGUUGGAAGGCAGAGCUUUGGUGAAAGAAACAGACAUGUCACCCAAGAUGCAGAUCCAUGCCAUGGCCUGUGCUUCUCACGCCCUUGAUCUCUACGAUGUUUCUGAUUGCAUUUCUGUUGCUGCCCAUAUCAAGAAGGAAUUUGAUAGUGUGUAUGGGAAUGGGUGGCAAUGUGUGGUGGGAUCGAGUUUUGGGUGCUAUUUCACUCAUUCAUCAGGGACUUUCAUCUAUUUUGCUCUGGAGACUCUUAAUUUUCUUAUCUUUAAGGGGACAUCUUCGUGAUUUAUGCUGUGUGUGUACAAUCUGAGAUAGAAUCCAGGGUUUGGUUAUGAGAGAAGGAUAGGUUUUUGAUUCUUCAUCUGAUUGUGGUUCCAUGCAUUAGCAGAGAAUGUUUGAGAUGUGAGAGCAUGGAAGAAACUAUGUAUGAUGGAUGACUCAUGAUGACAUGUCUCCAUCAUCUUGCCUCUUAAAUCGAUCAUUCGGGAUUCUCCUAUGUAAAUGCGUGUAUCGGUCCAACUAUGAUUAAGAUGCUGUCUCUGCUUUAUGUAAAAUAAACACAUAAAUAAAACUGUGUCGCCUUUUUUCGUUUC